CCAAGCUGUCGGAGCAGAAGCCAAGAAGUCGCCAUGGCCAAGCUGACGGAGGCGCUGCAGGAGGCUGCGACGGUGGCCUUGGAAGACGAGCGCGGCUUCGCAUCAGCGUCUGGUGGCGUGCUGACCAAGCUGAAGCGCGGGUUGGCAGAGGUCAAAAAGUCUCCGGAGAUGCUGGCAGAGGUGCCGCCGGACCUGGAAUUCUGGCCCUUCCUUUUGCGCGUCGCGGAGAAGGCGUCCUUCGCCAAGCAGGUGUGGGAAGCUUCUGUAGUUCUGCUGGCCCGCCCCGAGUGGGCCGCCAGCUUCGCCCAGCAGGAGCAGAAGCAGCGCCUGAAUUUGUGCAAGGCAGGGCCACGAGAUGUGGCCGUUGUCACGGAGCUGGUGAAGAAGCUGCUGGCGGGCGGUGUGGAGGCCGGGGACCUCCUGGCGCUCGAGGACGUCUCAGGCAUGGAUCCUGCGCUUUGCGGCGCCUUGCUGGAGCCCUUCGAGGCUGCCGGUGCUGAGGCCGAGCUGCUGGCCAGCCUGGCGCAGCGCUCAGCCAGCGAGGCGGAGGCGAAGCGCCGCAUCGUGGCGCCAGAGUCCAAAGCCGCGGUGGGCAAGGAUGCGAAUCUCCCGGUCUACGUGUGCGAGGGUAUCAGCGGAUCACAUCAGAAGAUGGAGAUCAAGAAGGGCUUGUGAGGUCCACAUUUGGCAAUAUUGGAAGAGAGAAAGAGAUA